GUCAGAGCCUGGCAGCGGUGCGCAGGCGCGGCAGCCGAGGUCUGCGGAGAUGGCGAGUUCCCGGCAGAGCCCGAGCCCCCAGCCCGGACCCGGCUCGUCGUCUGCCGCCUCUUCCGGCCCGGGCUGCAGCCGCGCCAACACCAGAGCGUCCAGCACCGCCGGAGGAGGUAGAAAACGGCCCCUGCUCAACGGCCUGGUCAAUUCGUAUGAGGAUAAGAGCAGCGACUUCGUCUGCCCUAUCUGCUUUGAGAUGAUUGAAGAGGCACACAUGACAAAAUGUGGGCACAGUUUUUGUUAUAAAUGUAUUCGACAGAGCUUGGAGGUCAGCAACCGGUGUCCCAAGUGCAACUAUGUGAUUGAUAAUGUUGACCAACUGUACCCCAACUUCCUAGUAAAUGAACUAAUCCUGAAACAGAAGCAGAGAUCUGAAGAAAAACGACUAAAACUUGAACAUCCAAAUGGUCACCGAUGGCAGGCCAUUCAGGAUGUGCUAAUCACAGAUCAGGAUAGUUUGGAUCUCCCGAAUGUAAACCUCAUGCUGGAGCUGAUAAUGCAGAAGAAGCAACAGCUGGAAGCAGAAUCCCAGGCAGCCCAGUUGCAGAUCCUAAUGGAGUUUCUUCAGGAGGCAAAAAGGAAUAAGAAGGAGCAACUGGACCAGUUACAGAAAGAGCUGAAUGUUCUUGAAGAAGACAUCAAACGAGUGGAGGGACUGAUAUUUAAUGAGACGACUGGCCUGUAUUCUCCUGUCAGUGAAUCGACUCACGUGCCGAACCUGGACAGCACUGUGCCACAGUUUGAAGCGCCAUCUCCUUCACACAGUAUUAUAGAUUCUACAGAAUAUUCCCAACCUCCUGGCUUUAGUGGAAGUUCACAGGGAAAAAGACAAACCUGGUACAAUAACACACUGGCUUCUCGGCGCAAGCGAUUAACUGCUCACUUUGAAGAUCUUGAGCAGUGCUAUUUCUCAACCAGGCUAUCCCGCUUGUCAGAUGAAACAAGAUCAGUAAAUCAACUGGAGGAAUUUCAGGAGUGCCUUUCCAAGUUUACACGGUACAGCUCUGUGAGGCCCCUGGCCACACUCUCCUAUGCCAAUGAUUUGUACAACGGCUCGAGUAUUGUUUCAAGCAUUGAAUUUGACAGAGAUUGUGACUUCUUUGCCAUCGCUGGUGUGACGAAACGGAUCAAAGUGUUUGAGUAUGGAACCGUGAUCCAGGAUGCUGUCGACAUUCACUACCCAAUCAAUGAAAUGACUUGCAACUCCAAAAUCAGCUGUAUCAGCUGGAGCAGUUACCACAAGAACCUGUUAGCAAGCAGUGACUAUGAAGGGACAGUCAUUCUGUGGGAUGGAUUCACAGGGCAGAGAUCUAAAGUCUAUCAGGAACAUGAGAAGCGAUGUUGGAGUGUAGAUUUUAAUCUGAUGGAUCCCAAACUCCUGGCUUCAGGUUCUGAUGAUGCUAAAGUGAAGUUGUGGUCUACAAAUCUCGACAAUUCUGUGGCAAGCAUUGAAGCAAAAGCAAAUGUUUGCUGUGUUAAAUUCAGCCCCAGCUCCAGGUACCAUCUGGCCUUCGGCUGUGCAGAUCACUGUGUUCACUACUAUGAUCUGCGGAACACUAAACAGCCUAUCAUGGUGUUUAAAGGACAUCGCAAGGCAGUGUCCUAUGCCAAGUUUGUAAGUGGAGAAGAAAUAGUUUCAGCAUCUACAGACAGCCAGUUGAAGCUCUGGAGUGUGAACAGGCCGCACUGUUUACGGUCAUUUAAGGGUCACAUCAACGAAAAGAACUUUGUGGGUUUGGCAUCCAACGGGGAUUACAUUGCCUGUGGAAGUGAAAACAAUUCUCUCUACCUCUACUACAAGGGGCUCUCAAAAACACUGCUAACCUUCAAGUUUGACACAGUUAAAAGUGUCUUGGACAAGGACAAAAAGGAGGAUGACAGCAAUGAAUUUGUCAGUGCGGUGUGCUGGAGAGCGUUACCAGAUGGGGAAUCAAAUGUCCUAAUAGCAGCAAACAGCCAAGGCACAAUAAAGGUUCUGGAACUCGUCUGAGGGGGAGCCAGCCUGCUUGAUACCACACCCCUCUGGUCAUCACUUCGGUGAAGCCUUCCUUGGAAUUGAUUAAAAUGUGUAGCUGGCAUCCCAACCUCCUGUUCAUCAUGGUCCUUCACCAGCAGUGGCAUAUGCCAGGACUGUGUGACCAUCCACGCUCCUUGUAGGAGCAGCAGCUUGAAGGAAUCAUUGACCAAUCUGUUCACAAACAGAAAUCUCUGCCCAGAAAGGAGCUUGCAUUUCCAUAGCACGGUGGGCCAAGUGUAACUGCAAAGGUGUAAAGUCUGUCUUGUCUUUGAGAGAUGAUCGCAAUAGCCAGUGCGAUUGGAUUCCCAAGGGACAGGGCUAGAGAGAGGAGGCAGUGCCAGCCCAUUCUGUUUCAGUUCAGAAACACUUUGCCCAGGAACCCUGACCAGGUUUUGGUUUCUGGGCUGCAUUUCUCUUCUGACGGUGACUGCGUUUGAUGUCAUUAUUUUUAACCUGAGUUCUGUUCAAACUGGUGAAUGCGUGUGAACCAUCGCCACAGUGUGUUUUCUUUCGACGUGUGUCGGCCUCAGUGAGUUGAAUGGGUGUGUUCUUCGUCAACACAGUCUUCUGUGAGACAAGCAACAAUCAGAACAAACUGUAGUAGUGCUGUGGAGUCUCUGUGAUCUCUUGGGCUUUAAACUUAUCAAACUGGUGCAGCAUUUGAGGGAAUGUCUAAUAACAGCACAUUGGACAGAUCACUUGAAUUGCAGGAGCUGUGGAGGAACGCAGUUUUCACCAGGCCAGCGGCUCUCGAUUCCUAACUCUGGGGGCUGUGCAAUGGGCUCUAACUGCAGGGACUCGACAAGAACCCCUCACUAUCUUCGGGGGAAUCAGGGCAAGGGGCCCCCAACUGGGUGCGGGGUGGGGGGAGGGAGUGGGGCGAGGAGGCGGUGGGGCAGUGGGCCCCUGACUC